UGCCGGUCUUAGCCCCUCUGUAGGGAAAGAGGGUCCGCCAUGUUCCCCGGCGGCGCCGCCGCUUGGCUCUGGUAGCCGCCGCCCCCGCCCCCAACCCCGCCCGGCCCAGCGCCUAGCCGAGCCCCGGGCCCAGCAUGGCCGCCCCGGAGCCGGCCCGGGCUGCACCGCCCCCGCCCCCGCCCCCGCCGCCCCCUCCCGGGGCUGACCGCGUCGUCAAAGCUGUCCCUUUCCCCCCAACGCAUCGCUUGACAUCUGAAGAAGUAUUUGAUAUGGAUGGGAUACCCAGGGUUGAUGUUCUGAAGAACCACUUAGUAAAAGAAGGUCGGGUAGAUGAAGAAAUUGCACUAAGAAUUAUCAAUGAGGGUGCUGCCAUUCUUCGGAGAGAGAAAACCAUGAUAGAAGUAGAGGCUCCAAUUACAGUGUGUGGUGACAUCCAUGGCCAAUUUUUUGAUCUGAUGAAACUUUUUGAAGUAGGAGGAUCACCUGCUAAUACACGAUACCUUUUUCUUGGUGAUUAUGUGGACAGAGGUUAUUUUAGUAUAGAGUGUGUCUUAUAUUUAUGGGUCCUGAAGAUUCUAUACCCAAGCACAUUAUUUCUUCUGAGAGGCAACCAUGAAUGCAGACACCUUACUGAAUAUUUUACCUUUAAGCAGGAAUGUAAAAUUAAAUAUUCAGAAAGAGUCUAUGAAGCUUGUAUGGAAGCUUUUGAUAGCCUGCCUCUUGCUGCACUUUUAAACCAACAGUUUCUUUGUGUUCAUGGUGGACUUUCACCAGAAAUACACACACUGGAUGAUAUUAGGAGAUUAGAUAGAUUCAAAGAGCCACCUGCAUUUGGACCAAUGUGUGACUUGCUAUGGUCUGAUCCUUCUGAAGAUUUUGGAAAUGAAAAAUCGCAGGAACAUUUUAGUCACAAUACAGUUCGAGGAUGUUCUUAUUUUUAUAACUAUCCAGCAGUGUGUGAAUUUUUGCAAAACAAUAAUUUGUUAUCGAUUAUUAGAGCUCAUGAAGCUCAAGAUGCAGGCUAUAGAAUGUACAGAAAAAGUCAAACUACAGGGUUCCCUUCAUUAAUAACAAUUUUUUCGGCACCUAAUUACUUAGAUGUCUACAAUAAUAAAGCUGCUGUAUUAAAGUAUGAAAAUAAUGUGAUGAAUAUUCGACAGUUUAACUGUUCUCCACAUCCUUACUGGUUGCCCAAUUUUAUGGAUGUCUUCACAUGGUCUUUACCUUUUGUUGGAGAAAAAGUGACAGAAAUGUUGGUAAACGUUCUGAGUAUUUGCUCUGAUGAUGAACUUAUGACUGAAGGUGAAGACCAGUUUGAUGAACGGCUCAUAUAUGGCAAUAAAAAAGUAGGUUCAGCUGCAGCCCGGAAAGAAAUCAUAAGAAACAAAAUUCGAGCAAUUGGCAAGAUGGCAAGGGUCUUCUCUGUUCUCAGGGAGGAGAGUGAAAGUGUGCUGACACUCAAGGGCCUGACUCCCACAGGGAUGUUGCCUAGUGGAGUGUUGGCUGGAGGACGGCAGACCCUGCAAAGUGCCACAGUUGAGGCUAUUGAGGCUGAAAAAGCAAUACGAGGAUUCUCUCCACCACAUAGAAUCUGCAGUUUUGAAGAGGCAAAGGGUUUGGAUAGGAUCAAUGAGAGAAUGCCACCCCGGAAAGAUGCUGUACAGCAAGAUGGUUUCAAUUCUCUGAACACCGCACAUGCCACUGAGAACCACGGGACUGGCAACCAUGGUGCCCAGUGACCCACGGCUUCCCAGGGACUCUCACAUCUCGGGCCCCAAACGGACAGAUCACCCGUGGAGCUGGAGGGGUCGGCCAAGCUGACUGUAAAUGUCACAGUCCCUCUGGAGAAACCAUUGUGCUUUUGAGACCCCAGCCCCCUUCCUGGAUGGAGGCUUGAGGGCCCUGGGACAUGUUGUGCUAUCUGAUAAGAUUGGGUCAUCGCUGCCAAGGUGGAGAGCAGUGAGCAAGGGGCUUGGGGCAAUUUCCAGUGGAGGUCAACUACACCUCCAUUUAUGCUUGUGGUUCACACAUUUAAGUUUACAAAUGAGAUUUCUUUUUCCCCUCAGUAGAAUUAGAUUUUGUUUUUCAACCAUAACUUCAAAUACAAUCCUAAGAGCUAAUGUGGACUUUUUUUUUUCCCAUGAAAUGUCUUUAAAGGAUGAAUUAGCAUGGUCUUAAAAUACAUUUCCGAGGUUACUAAGCUGUAUUUUGAAUUAUGGGCAAAAUGCUGAGAAACCCAGUUGGCAUUUAUACAGAAUGCUGACCUCAGGUCUGUAGUUCUUAAAUGUGGCUAAUUCUGUAAUAUAGUCUUGGUAUUUUUCAGUGAUGAAUGCAUAACCUAUUUCUAGGCAGACUCUCUUACUUGAACACAAAUCCAAAAACUAAUUUAGAAUCUUUCUUGCCCAGAUCUUUUGAGAUUUACACCCCAGAGAUUUAAGAAGAAAAUCUCUAAAUUUCAGAAUUGUGAAGAAUUACAGAAUUACUCAUUUAAGGUACUUUAAAAGAAGUUUGUACAUUGUCAAAGUAAAUUUUAAUUCAGAUCAUGUCUGUAAAACUUGACGUAUUUUGUGUAUGCAUGUUUUCAUUUUGCAAAUAUUUAAUAUAUAGACCUAUGAUGUACAGGUACGACAUGUAUAGGUUACCUAGAUGUUAUGAGAAAUUUUAGUUUAUUGUGAGUACUCAAGUUGCUUAAAUAGCCACCAGGGUGAUUUACUGCUGGCUUUCUAUCAUUUUAUGUUUUGAUGCAAAGGAAAUUUUAAAAUGUUCUGGAAGUGUUUUUGAUUAAGCAGUGCAGCAUAGAAGCAAUGGUUCUGUUCAGUCAUUCAGAUGUUAGUGGAAGCAUAGAAGUCAAGACUGCAUGUUGAACAUUUUCUUUUGAUAGUUACAGAACUGCUUGGUUAAACUAAAUGGAACCAUGUGCUAAUUUUUCACAAUUACUGACCUGUAUUGAUUGCCACUGUAGUUUGGUAUUUCCCUUUACUUUGGUGGCCUGCUUUCCCUCAUGCCCUGGAAUACAACUCAGAGCUCCAGGCAGCGGAACCAUCUAUUGUUUGUUUGCCAGAAAGUGCACCCUGUAUGGUCUCCUGUCUAAGUUGGAAAUAUUAUGCAUGUGCAGGACUAUUCGAGUAUUUUAUAAACAGUAGCACACAAUAAAUUCCAUGCAUGGGCCGCUGCUCCUA